AUGAGCCCUGCGCGGCGCGAGUGCACGGGCAUGCAGGAAAGAGAGGGCCUCGCCAAGAGCCCGAGAGUACCUGCGUGCACGGAGCGCAUGCAGCAGCCAUGCAUGGGGAGCCCCGGGGGCGCUGGGGUCGAGAGGCGCGGCGACCGCGGGGCGCUGGGGGCAACAGGAAAGAGACAGUGUAUGCGUUUUGUUGAAGUCGUGCUGCUGGAGCCUGAAAAGAAUGUUGUGGCACUAGCUGAUGCCUACCAUUUCCAGCCUUCAGUGCUCCCUCGAAUGCAAGGUUAUGAUGGUGUUCCAAGCAUCUUGCCUCCUAGGAGGGCUAGGCUUGUUGUCUACAACAAGCUCUCAAAUGAGACCAGUAUUUGGAUACUGGAGCUCUCUGAAAUGCAUGCAGCUGCUAACGAGGGUGGACAUGAAACAUGCAAUGUGAUAUCAUCUGAAGUUGUUCGUGAUGUUCAGCCCGCAAUGGAUGUUAUGGAGGAUGCCGAAUGUGAAGCUAUUGUCAAAAGCUAUCCACCAUUUAUUGAAGCUAUGAAUAAAAGAGGCAUAGAUAACAUGGAACUUGUAAUGGUAGAUGCGUGGUUUGCUGGCUACUAUAGCAAAUCUGAUGCUCCCAGCCGCAGGCUUAGCAAGCCUUUAAUAUUUUGCAGAACUGAGAAUUGUGGACCCAUGGACAAUGGUUACGCACGCCCUGUUGAAGGGAUCCAUAUUGUUGUUGAUAUGCAGAACAAUGUUGUCACAGAGUUUGAAGAUUGGAAGUUGAUUCCUCUCCCUCCACCAGAUCAUUUGAGAAACUACACUCCUGGUGAAACUAGAGGUGGAGUUGACAGAAGUGAUGUGAAACCACUUAUUAUCAAUCAGCCUGAGGGCCCAAGUUUCAAUGUUACUGGCCAUUUUGUGGAAUGGCAGAAGUGGAAUUUUCGUAUUGGCUUCACCCCCGUAGAGGGUUUGGUUAUCUACUCUGUUGCAUAUAAUGAUGGUAGCCUUGGACGUCGACCCAUAGCACAUAGGCUAAGCUUUGUUGAGAUGGUUGUUCCAUAUGGAGAUCCAAAUGAACCACAUUGUCGCAAGAAUGCAUUCGAUGCUGGAGAAUAUGGACUUGGAAAAUGUGCUCAUUCUCUUAAGAAGGAUUGUGACUGCUUGGGCUGCAUAAAAUAUUUUGAUGCGCAUUUCACGAACUUUAAUGGUGGUGUGGAAAUAAUUAAGAAUUGUAUUUGUUUGCAUGAGGAGGACCACGGAAUUCUCUGGAAGCACCAAGAUUGGAGAACUGGUUUAGCAGAAGUUAGGCGAUCAAGAAGACUCACAGCCUCAUUCAUUUGUACAAUUGCAAACUACGAAUAUGGCUUUUACUGGCACUUUUAUCAGGACGGCAAAAUAGAAGCAGAAAUAAAGCUUACUGGGAUUCUUAGCAUGGGAGCACUGAUGCCUGGCGAGUCAAGGAAAUAUGGCACAACAAUUGCCACCGGUCUUUAUGCGCCUAUUCACCAGCAUUUCUUUGUUGCCCGUAUGGACAUGGAUGUUGAUUGCAACCCAAAUGAGCCUCAUAAUCAGGUUGUUGAGGUUAAUGUUAAAGUUGAAAGUGCAGGUCCACAUAAUGUGCAUCACAAUGCCUUCUAUGCUGAAGAGAAAUUAUUGAAGUCUGAGCUACAAGCAGUGCGAGAUUGUGACCCUUUAUCUAAGCGUCAUUGGAUUGUAAGGAACACGAGAACUGUGAAUCGUACCCGGAAACUAACUGGCUACAAGCUCAUGCCUGGUUCAAACUGUAAACCAAUGGCUCUACCCGAGGCAAAAUUUUUAAGAAGAGCUGGGUUUCUAAAGCACAAUCUUUGGGUUACACCAUACAAGAGUGAUGAGAUGUUUCCUGGAGGAGACUUCCCUAAUCAGAAUCCUCAUAUUGAUGAGGGUUUACCUACAUGGGUCAAGAAGGAUAGAUCUCUAGAGGAAACUGAUAUUGUUCUGUGGUACGUGUUCGGGCUCACCCAUAUCCCAAGGCUAGAAGAUUGGCCUGUCAUGCCAGUUGAGCACAUCGGCUUCACACUUGUACCGCAUGGAUUCUUCAAUUGUUCCCCUGCGAUUGACGUGCCUCCCAUCUCUUCGAGUGUUUGAUGUCAUGGAGCUGAGUUGAAGCUAUUUGGGACAUGCUAAUUUCCAAAUUUUGAGUUUCUCAACUCCUCGAGCAAACAUAUAGCAUCUAUAUAUGUCUAGUACCAUAUUUGUGUCAAUCCAAUAGAACCAAAAUAAAUGGUUUUUGUUUUAGCUUGUGGAUUUUUUGCUGUUUUGUAAUAGUGUACUCCCCUCUAACUUUCUUAAUUAGAGAGUGAUGACAUUACUAUGCAUAAAUAACUUCAUGUUA